CUUCGAAUCACGUGACGCGUUUAAAGUGGGAGCGUAAAGAUGGCAGCCAAUGUCAGCAAAUUAAACAUGUCUCGGUUCAGAAGAAGUUUCUGUGCUGUGUGUCCGGUGUUCCCGUUAAACCACCUCGCGGAAUUAAUAUGCGUGCUCGUGACGGUUUGUGUCUUGACACAGCAGUCGCUGGCUGACGAGCAGGCGUUUGUAGAGGACUUUUUGAAGCGAGAAUAUUCUCUCGUCAAGCCGUAUCGGGGACUGGGCUUCUCUAGUUCCUCCCAGUGGGAUCUGAUGGGAACCGCCAUGGUGUCGCCGGACCACGUGAGGCUGACCCCAGACAUGCAGAGCAGACAGGGAGCCGUCUGGAGUCGGAUUCCUUUCAUUUUGAGGGAUUGGGAGCUCAAAGUUCACUUUAAAGUCCACGGUGUUGGAAAGAAAAACCUCAAUGGGGAUGGACUUGCUAUCUGGUUAACCAAAGAUCGCAUGCAGAAUGGUCCCGUGUUUGGCAACAUGAACCACUUUGUCGGACUCGGAAUAUUUGUGGACACGUACCCCAAUGCAGAUAAGAUGCACGAUAGGACCUUCCCGUACGUCUCCGUGAUGCUGGGAAACGGAACCCUGUCGUAUGACCAUGAUCGUGAUGGGCGGCCCACCGAGCUUGGAGGAUGCUCAGCUAUGACGCGCAAUUCCAUUUACGACACAUUCCUGCUGGUCAGAUACUCCAAAAACAGGUUAACGCUCAUGGUGGAUGUCGAUGGCAAACAGGAAUGGAGAGACUGCGCUGAAAUCGAUGGACUGAGGCUGCCAACAGGCUACUACUUUGGUGCCUCCUCUGUUACUGGAGACCUGUCAGAUAACCAUGACAUCAUCUCAAUGAAAGUGUACCAGCUGACUGUAGAGAGGACUCCAGAGGAGGAGGAGGAGGAAGAGGAGGUCACCAUCCCCCGGGUGGACGACAUGCACCAGUUUCAAGUGAAUGUGGAGGAGGAAGGAAUGAGUGGAGUCCAGUUCUUUUUUACCCUCCUGUUCUCCGUCCUGGGCCUGGGUGUGCUGGCAGUGGUCGGACUCAUGGUUUACAGUCGCUGGAAGGAAAACAGGCGCAAACGUUUCUACUGAAGAAAUGCUGGCUUUCAGACAAUGGGUCCUUAAAGCACAUUGAACAACAAGAGACUGCCACACUGUGAAAUGAACUCAGCCAAGAACCUUCUAGGUCUAACAUCGAGAGCCGUGAGAACAUGAGCAGCCAGGAUGAAGAGAUCAUGAACAGAUAAAUCAGGUGGAUAGUAUUUUUUAUUUUAAGGUUCUCUGGAAAAUGUGACGUACAGCUGUCCCGUCUCAGCCGAAGCACGGUGGGACUUCUGCAUCUCAUCUGCUGACCGAGACACUAUCCUCACCAACGGGAGGCGACAAAUGCUUCUCAGUCAAGUUUAAAAGUUCCAAGUAUAAAGAUCAAAUGUUUGGACUUCCGUGACGUCACAGGAACUUGGAGAGGUGGAUCUCCUUCAGACGUCUGAAGUUUGAGAUUCUGGGUGAAGGUUCUGAAAUCAUUUCAGAGGUUGCACUUGUAAAAACUGCAGGCACCCUGUUAAUUAAAAUGACCAGAGAAACUUGAGUUUGUGCAUGCUGUGAAAUUUUGAUUAGUAAAACUGCAUUACGACAGAUUAAACAAAAUUGGGGGGCAAAAACAACUUUAAAAUAAGUUUAGGUUUAUUUAAAGUGAGCUUCUGUUGAUGAAUUAAUAUCCUGACCGCACCAGAUUACUCUUGGCAUCCAGUAAAUCCACAUUAUUUGGCAUCUGAGGCUGAAGACUAAUCUCACAGGGGGCCGGACCACCGGAGACUUUUAUCUUAAAAUAACUCAGAAACAACAUAUCCGUUUCUAGGAACCUUUAAACUGUUGUCAAGGUUGCCUUGGAAAGUUAUUCACAGAGCAGCUAAUUGGAGGUGGGAGGCGGUGCACCACCAAUCAUCUUCCUGUCUGCAACACUUGCAACUAUCUGAUAAGAAAACAGUGUAAAAAGCUCAGAUAUUAAAGAGUUUUAAGUGAAAGCUAUUUUAGUUAUUUCAACACUGCCUUGCUCUUAUAUCAGGCAGUAAAGUUGACUCUAAAUACUUUACACGUUUCUCCGUACGUGUUUCAAUGGGACGAUCAUUGGUGACGCACCACCUUCUGCCUCAAUUUGCUGUGCAAGUGAUUGUUGGCUUCACAGUGCGUAGCUGGCAACUACUAACUUGGUGAAUGUUUAAAGUUUAACAGAGCAAACACACAAACCUCUACGACAUGUUGGAGAGUGAAGCUGUUAUGGUGGCAGAAGUCCGCUUCAGUCCCCACCCCUGUCUGAUUAGCCGUAAUUGUCAGCUGCCAGGACCAACUAAGCUGGAUUUAUACUGAAUGAAGAUGCCAAGCACUUUUUUUUUUUUUUUUUUUAAUCGGGUAGUACCUUUUGACUGAAUUCUCCUUACAUCCUCUGUUCUCAUUGGUUGUUUCAACAGAAAUCUCAUGGGUGAAGCUAGGCGUUAACUGCGUCUAACCUUUCAAUAGAACUUGAGAAAUUCUGAACUAAUCCUUUAAUUUCUCAUGUUCUAAAAUUGAGUGUAAAUGUAGGUCCAAUUCUCACAGCUUUGACAUUGCAAAGAUAAAUCUAACUGUUCAGAGGACAGGGUGACGUUGCCCCAGUGAUCUUUACAACUUGGAAAAGACAAUUGAACCAAUUGCCGGCGUUUGAUUGGACAGCUAGGGUUGUGUUCAAACUGUCUAAUCAGUUUGAGUCAGAAAAACUCACUCAGUAUUCAGAACAUAGGAUCUCCAAGAAACUUUGGGCUUGAACGAAAUCCUUCCUACAGGUUGUUUUCUAUGUUUUUUUACUUCGCAAACCUCAGUCUGUUUAUACACAUGCCAACUUUUCCCAAACUGACGUUACAGCUGCGGUCUCUGGAAACGGGAACUUUGAUUUACAAGCUAAUGAUCGUAUUGCUGCUGAAUAAUAAGUAGACUAUGAGGUUAAUCUGAGGGGUGAUUAUUGCUAGUUGAAGUUCCAGAUUAGUUUGCUGUCUGCCUCUCUCCCCUUGAAGUCCAAUGAAGGCUUCAUAGAAAACCUGCAUAUCAAAUCCACGAUGGGCUAUAAAAGCUAACAUAGCCAACUCCCCAGCUACAGUGUGGAGCAGUAAUGUGUCACAUGAUUAACUCUAGUUUAGUUUAAGUCUUAUAUGCUGUCUUCUUUUUUUGUCUUUACUAGUCCAGCAGCCUGGGAAGAACCUCAGUGCGUUGAUUAAACUUCCUCGUAAUCUUUAAAGCUGCUCAUCCUGGCUGAAGAAAACUUGAUGCCCUUCGUUUGGUUCACUCUGCAGAACAUAGCGGGCUCUUUAACUACCUUUUAACUACCCCCACACUUUAAUCUGAAAUGUAGCUGCUAUGACGACCAAUCAACCUGUGGAUUACUGCGGUGGUCUCACUGAUGCACUGAUGAAGGCAGAUGAAGCACUGAAGCAGCUUCCAGAACCCACUGAUCACAAUAAUUGUUUGUACUUGAGUAGUUGAUGGCUUGUUCUAUGCGAAAAGAUCCAGGUUCUGCUUGAAGUGCCUAGUAAGGACAAGUAAAGGCUCAAUCCUGUCCUUUCUGUAGCUUUAACCUGUUUUAAGACUGUUUACCAGAUAUGAGAUCAGAUACACUUCUUUUCACUGUAUCAUUUUUAAACCAGCUUUCAUGAGCUGGACCUCUUAAUGUUGCCACACCUCUGACAGAAACACUGUCCACAGCUAAUUCAUCAGGGAUCAUGACUCAUUUGUUUGCGCUUACAGUGAGCAGUCAGUCUUGGUAAACUAUGACGCUGUGAAUCUUUCACUGUGGCCACCAUGUCAGCGGUACCUUCAGUGUCCGGUGGAUGCAGCCGUGUCUAUUUUAGCCAAAGUAGAUGGUUGGAUGGUGUUUGUUAAAGCUGAGCUGCAGUUACAAACAUUAAUGGAUCUUUGAUGCUUUUAUUGACCUAUAGGAAGGAACCCCGCAGUACUUUCCUUUUACACAGGGCUACAGCUUUGAGUAGGAUUCAAGGACUGUAGUGUAUUACCUGUGGUUCCAGUGAGUAUUCUGUCCAUGGAACCAGUCACCUCUAAGGAUGGAGAACUGUGUAACCUCACACCCUCAGGUAUCCAGCCUGGGUCCAGGGAUGUGGGGGAUUUAGUAGACGUUUACCUCAGGGUUUGUCUUCGUUUUUUCAAAUCAGUGGAGCCCAGUCUCCAAACAGCUGGAUAAUCUAAUGUGUGAAAUGUGCAGUACUGCAGAACAGUCCCUUUAAUGCAUCAAUGCAUUUGAGUGUUCACCUCAGUAAACCUGUAUCUAUUAUGACGUCUUUCACAUUAGAUCAGUUUGAAUAGUUCUGGAUCAAGAAUACAUCAACUGCAGAUAUUUUAUAAUGUCACAGAAAGGUUUACAACAAAUAUGCUAAAGUAGCACCAGCAGCCAUUUUUUAAUCUGACUAAUCAGUUUAGGAGCCUGCUGUCCAAAACAGUUUUUGUGAGGAAAUCUUAUUCCUGUUUUUUUUUUUUUUUUUGUUUUUUUUUUAUUCCCCCCAGUGUGUUGCUGUAGCCAGAUAAAAGUCUAAAAGUCUAGUUAAGCUGUUGAGGAUCAUAGUAUGCUUUUGUUUCAUUUACUUAACCAGCUGAUUGCUUUUCUGUAGAAACUGUUCAUUGUCCUCUCACAAUUUUUGUUUUAAAUCCUUUUAUGUUUUCGUAUUUUUAUGUAGAUAUUCUUGUUUUGUAUCAAUCUACCAUUUAUCUUCACCAUGAAUUUUAAACUGAGCCAAUCAGUUCCAUAAGUAAAUAUGAUGGUAGAAUUGUUCGGCUAUUUCAGGAAAAAAGCCCUUGUCUGAAAAUGUCAGUGAAGAAAUCCAUGCUCUGCAAUCUGCUGUGACUGAUCCCUCCUCUCCAUUAAAGUUUCUCUUCUUCG